AUGGGGAAACCAUUCAUGGGCUUCCGGGGCAAUGGCCUCCUCAGAGCCGCAGUCUGGCUCGUUGUCUUCCCGACAUUUACUUGCUACGGUUAUAAUAUGAGUGUGGCUGGUGGUCUUUUGACCCUGGACGCGUUCAAUCGCCAAUUCCCACAGAUGGACACAAUCAACACCACGGGCGCUACUCAAAAGGAAAAUUCGACUAUUCAAGGCACGGUUAUUGCACUCUACACUGUCGGCGGUAUCUUCGGCGCGCUUUCUUGCGUUUAUCUGGGUGAUCUUCUUGGACGACGAAAGGUCAUCUUCUUCACUAAUUUUAUCACCAUCAUCGGCGCGGUUCUUAUGGCAUCCGCCUUCCAAUUCGCUCAUUUCAUCGUUGCCCGACUCAUCCUCGGCCUGGGCAUCGGUGGCUAUGUUGCCACCGUCCCUGUCUGGCAAUCUGAAAUUUCCCCUGCGCACAAACGAGGCUCGAAUGUCGUGACAGAUGGUAUCUUCGUUGGUGCCGGUGUCACGCUUGCCCUGUGGAUCGACUUUGGCCUUUUCUUCGUUGAGGACAGCUCUGUUUCGUGGCGUUUCCCUUUUGCCUUCCAGAUCGUUCUAUCUCUUAUGGCUAUGAUCAGCAUCGUCUUCCUCCCUGAAUCUCCUCGUUGGCUCAUUAAGGUUGGCCGCCGUGACGAAGCCCGCGUGGUUCUUGCAGCCCUAAUGGAUGUCGAUGAAGAUGCUCCCGCUGUCGAAGAUAGCAUCGUUUCUAUUGAGACAGCCCUCCUUGUCUGCGGCUCCUCUUCUUGGAAGGAUAUGUUUACAAAUGGCAAGCAGCGUCUUUUCCACCGCACCUAUCUCGCUGCGACCGGUCAAAUGUUCCAGCAGAUGUGCGGUGUUAAUCUGAUCACCUACUACGCCACAACUAUUUUCCAACAAUACCUCAGCAUGGACCCCGUCCGCGCUCGCAUCCUCGCUGCCGCUAUGGGUCUUAUGCAACCCUUUGGUGGUUACCUUGCCUACUUUACCAUCGAUCGCCUUGGCCGCCGACCACUGAUGCUCUACAGUGCUGGUGCCAUGUCCGUCUGCAUGGCUCUUCUGGCUGGUUGCACCUCGGACGGUGCAAAGAAUAACACCGGCGCCCUCGUUGUGGCCGUCAUUGCUCUAUAUUGCUUCCAGUUUAUCUUCACUGUCGGUUACUCCGGUUUGACCUUCCUCUAUGCCGCCGAGAUGGCACCUCUUCAGAUCCGUGCGACCGUCAGUGCUGUGGCGACUGCAACCGUCUGGGUCUUCAACUUCCUGCUGGCAGAAAUUACCCCGGUCGGUUUCGCUACGAUCGGAAGCCGUUACUAUAUCGUGUUUGCCGUUGUCAACGCGGCCAUUACCAAGGGUCGCUCGCUCGAGGAGAUCGACGAGAUCUUCGCGCAGUCAAAUAGCAUCUUUGACCCCCCGCGUGUCGCACGUCGCAUGCUUAGAAUGCAGACCACUGAGGCUGCUGGUUCUGAGAGCGGCGAGAAUACAGGCUCUAAUGACGAUGAGAUCAAGCACGACCUCAAGGCAUAA